AUGGAGGAGAUAAAGCCUCCUCGGGAGAUAUCGAUAACGAAGCCUAUUCCCAAUAUAAUACCGAUACCUCUCGAUAGAAUCCUUACUCCUGGUGAUCUUAAAGCAGCAGUAGAAGAAUUGAUUAAACUUGAUAAACCCAAUUGGAUAGCUACUUCCGCGUAUGCACUCAAUUUACAAAUCGCAAAAGCAAAAGAUUUAACAAGCAAUGACUUGUUCGUAAGAAAUAUCAAAGAUGAAUGGAAGAGACCGACGUUCUCAACAUUCAGAAAUUUACUUGAUAACUACUAUGUCAAGCGUGGUGAGGCGGAGAAAUUAAACCAAGAUGAAAUUGACAAGUUUAUAAAUGCUAUUUAUCUUACUCAACCUAUUCAAUAUAUUUUUAAGAUCCUCGUAGCAAUAAAAGACGAAGAUCUGACCCCGGGCGCAACUCAUUCACAAAAAGUAUCUGCAUUUAAACGUAAGCUUAACUCAAUUUGGUUCACUUUGCGUUCUAGUGAACCAAACGGAGCUAACGAUACAAGUCCUUUUGAACACAUUUUUCUCGGAGAAACACACGCAGUAAACAGUCAGGAUUCAUCUCGUCCGCCAGCAGCAUUAGCCUUUCAUAAUUGGCUUAACUUCAGCUAUCUCCAAGAAAUCAAAGGCAAACCAGUCUCAAAAGGCAAAAUUAUCUAUUUGGGAAUUAACACUGAUAAACUCGUUGACUAUAGAGCAUCCCAAAAAGAUCGCGUAAUUCAAAUUUCUCUUGGAUAUUUGCCAACGGGGGCAACCGACUACUCCCUUAAAAUCCCAUAUUCCACUUGUUUUAUGGGCACGACACCCGAAUUCGAAAUAGCUUUGUAUACGUUGAUGUAUAUGUUACUAAAAACACCACCUGUACCGGGGGGAAACAACAAUAACAAGGUAUUCGACGUGAGUGGAAUUGAUAUUGAAAAUUCUCUCCAAAUAAACAUCAGACUAGUAACCAACGCAAGUUCUGAGGUUAUUGUGUCAGCGUAUCCAAUAAUUGUCAGUCGUUCUCCUUCUGCUAAACUUUAG